AUGGCAGCAAAUUGUAUUGAACCAAUUCAAGGCCUUCAAGACAAGCGACCGCCGCGCUCAAUAGAGCUGUGGCCGGUGUCUGGUGAAGUGGACCGAAGUUCUAACCUUAAAAUAUAUGGAAGUCGAGGUCCUCUGUGGCAAAAAUUUCCCCGUUGA